AUGUUCAAUCUGUACGCACAGUAUUCGCACUUCAAAAUCUACUCAGAAGCGGAAUACUACAAAUUAGAAAUUGAUGGAUAUGAGGGCAACGCUGGCGAUUCCCUAAAUGAUCCCUGGUACGGCUCCAACAACAGCCCGUUCUCUACAUACAAUCGGAAUCGUAUGGUUCCGUUGGAGGGGCUGGGAUUAUACCCUGAAGCGAGCUUCGAUGAUGAUCAAGCCGAAGGGACUGCAGCCCAACACGUGAGCCGAUAUCUGGCCAUCCUACCACAGACCACCUACCAGCCUCUGUUCGCUCAUCACUUGGAUUCUAUUAUAAUCUUUACCAUCACUUGA